AUGAGCGCGGCGAUCGAGCGCGGGGCGGAAGUGGAUGCUGCAGACGCUGUCGAACGUACACCUCCCCAUCAUGCUGCACUCCUGAACAACGUGGAGGAGAUCGACGUGCUCGUGGAGGCUGGAGCCAACAUCGAAGCACGGAAUGGACUAGGCUGCACGCCCCUUCAUCUCGCUGCCAGCGAGUCCGCUGUCGCAGCCUUGUUGGCCCUUUUGAAACAUGGUCCCCACAUCAACGCCCAAGAUAGGUGUCAAUUCACGCCGUUGCGCUCUGCGACAGCUGUGGCCGGAUUCGAAGGAGACACGGAGGUUGUGGACUCGCUCUUGAGGUCAGGUGCGGAUGAGACCAUCCUCGACAGCGAAGGCCGAGCAGCCGUGGACAUGAUCAGCUGGGAGGUUGCAGGAUUGCAUCUAUCGGGCGAGCAAGACGACCGCGUGCGCGACCUGUUGGUGAACGCUCAGGCCGACAGAGCAUGGCAUCGCCGGCGCUACCUGGUGCUGUGCCGUACUCACCCCGAUAGAGCGGAUUCCGGUGUGGCGCGAGCAACUUGCAACGAAACCGAGGAGUUGGAAGAUUGA